AUGUCAGAUACUUUAAAAAUACCCGAAAAAUUAGACCUAUUUAGAAUAUUGAGAGAGUCGAGUGAUAACGGAGUGAAAAAUACGAAGACGAUUAUACAACAUGUCGGAAGAAGGAAACAAACGGGUGUCGAAGUGGGGGGCGCGUGGUGCCUGCCGUGCGCCGGCCGCGGCGGCGGUGGCGUCGGAGGGAAGGGAGGAGGUAUUUCAACCUCCGAUUCUCCCGAGAUCACGAGGAAGCUUUCGUGCAUUCAAAAACAACAUCAACUACAUCAAGUUGAACACCCUGUCACGAACAUUCAACAGCGCGCCCCACUUAGUGACCUUGACGAGGACCUCGACGAACUUGAAGGCGAAAGAGAUCGGCUACAUAAGGAAGAGGAUUAUUCACGUGACGGUACAACACAGCAUCGGUUGAGUCCAAGACUACACGAUAUUGAGGAGGAGGACGAUGAAGAGGGUCGACACAUCAAGGAGCGACCUUAUCAGAAAAAAUCACCUACACCAAGUGGUGGUGGAGGAAGUAGAUCCGGUUGGCGUUCACGAAGAAGUGUUACAACUGCAGGUGCACCAGCGCAUCAACAUCACGUAAUUGCAACUGCUUCCGCAACGGCUCAGGCCAGGAUGCAGGCCGAGCAAGGAAGCAUUGGCGAACUCAGAGGAUAUCAUAAUCUACGUUCCCGGCGGCAUACUUUGGCGAAUGUUCGGUGAGUUAAACAAUUCUUUCCUGUCGAGUUUAUUUCGUAAGUAAAUAUAUAUUAAAAUGUGUAUAUUUAUAUAAUUAAAAUAAUUAUAUAAAUUAUAAUUAUU